AUCUACUGAAGGAUCCGGUGACUCUUUCCUGUGGACACAGCUACUGCAUGAAGUGUAUUAAAGCCCACUGGGAUGGAGAGGAUGAGAAGAGAAUCUACAGCUGCCCUCAGUGCAGGAAGAUCUUCACACCGAGGCCUGUCCUGGAGAAAAACAUCAUGUUAGCAGUUUUAGUGGAGGAGCUGAAGAAGACUGGACUCCAAGCUGCUGCUGCUGAUCACUGCUAUGCUGGAGAUGAAGAUGUGUCCUGUGAUGUCUGCACUGGGAGGAAACUGAAAGCCUUCAAGUCCUGUUUAUUCUGUCUGGCCUCUUUCUGUGAGAAACACCUUCAGACUCACUAUGAUUCACCUCCAUUCCAGAAACACCAGCUGGUGGAACCCUCCAAGAAGCUCCAGGAGAACAUCUGCUCUCAUCACGAUGAGGUGAAGAAGAUGUUCUGCCGCACUGAUCAGCAGUCUAUUUGUUAUCUCUGCUCUGUGGAUGAACAUAAAGGCCACGACACAGUCUCAGCUGCAGCAGAAAGGACGGAGAGGCAGAGAGAGCUGGAGGUGAGUCGACAAAACAUCCAGCAGAGAAUCCAGGACAGAGAGAAAGAUGUGAAGCUGCUCCAACAGCAGCUGGAGGCCAUCAAUGGCUCUGCUGAUAAAGCAGUGGAGGACAGUGAGGAGAUGUUCACCCACAUGAUCCAUCUCAUCCAGAAAACAGGCCGAGAUGUGGAGCAGCAGAUCAGAUCCCAGCAGGAGACUGAAGUGAGUGGAGUCAAAGAGCUGAAGGAGAAGCUGGAGCAGGAGAUCAGAGAUCUGAAGAGGAAAGAUGCUGAGCUGAAGCAGCUCUCACACACAGAGGAUCACAACCAGUUUCUCCACAACUACCCCUCAGUGUCAGCACUCAGUGAGUCCACACACUCAUCCAGCAUCAACAUCCAUCCUCUGAGACACUUUGAGGAGGUGACAGCAGCUGUGUCAGAGCUCAGAGAUCAUCUACAGGACAUUGUGAGGGACACAUGGACAAACAUCUCACUGACAGGGACUCAAGUGGAUGUUUCACUGUCAGAUUCACAAGCAGAGCCAAAGACCAGAGCUGGAUUCUUGAAAUAUUCACGUCAAAUCACUCUGGAUCCAAACACAGCACAGAGAAAGCUGGUAUUAUCUGAAGGGAACAGAAAAGUAACAUAUAUGGAUCAACAGCAGUCUUAUUCUGAUCAUCCAGACAGAUUCACUGGAUGUUAUCAGGUCCUGAGUAGAGAGAGUCUGACUGGACGUUGUUACUGGGAGGUGGAGUGGAGAGGAAUAGGAGUUUAUGUAUCAGUAGCAUACAAGGAUAUCAGCAGAACAGGAAGCUGGAAUGAAAGUGUAUUUGGAUAUAAUGACAAAUCUUGGGCAUUAUAUUGUUUCCAAAACAGUUAUACAUUCAGGUACAACAACAUCCAAACUCUCAUCUCAGGUCCUCCGUCCUCCAGAGUUGGAGUUUACCUGGAUCACAGUGCAGGUAUUCUGUCCUUCUACAGCGUCUCUGAAACCAUGACUCUCCUCCACAGAGUCCAGACCACAUUCACUCAGCAGAUACAUGCUGGACUUGGAGUUUAUGGUACUGGAUCAAGUGCUGAGUUGUGUAAACUGAAGUAGACAGAGGUAACUGAAGGUGCAGUGAGUCUGAUUGUGUCUUUGAUUCUUUCACUCAUUUAGUCUCCAUCAUUGUUGCUCACAGCUCAUUGUUGUUUUAUUUCUACACUGCACAGAGAUCAACUGUCAACCAAACAGUGACUGUCAGAACUUGUUUAUCUUCUCAUUUCUUCUUCUGCUCAUCUUUGACUUCCUUCCAACUUUCUUCACUGA